AGGGGAGGCGAGUGGGUGCGGGGGGGUGUUGCAUGCUCACAAUGUGACAGAGAUAGAGCGAUUCCCUGCACGAGAACGAGCCAGAGGUGGAGAGGGAACGCAGAGAUGGGGACUGAGCGCUGAGAGCAGAGCGAGUUGGGGAAAGAUCUGCACAUAAACGUGAGUAAAAAAAAAAAAGGUGGAGGGAGAAGGAGAGAGGUGGCUAGUGGGGUUGAGGUGCUGGCGUGGGGAGGAGGAGGUUGCAGGGAGUCAAGAUGAUGGAGCCCAGAAAUAGGCUUUUACAGGACAGCCUUUCACGAGUGCUCCCUGCAGCAGACGUGAUUCUGAGCACUGGAGUGUGCUCAAAUUAGCAAAGGGGGACAAGGCAGGACGGGAGGUCUGCAGAGCCUUGGUUCAGCCUCGCUGGAUGCAGCAAGGCAGCUUGAUUUAUGACGAAGGGGCUGGGUGGCCGCGUGCUUGUGCGUGCGUGUCUAUGAAUGUGUGCGUGUGUGUGUGCAGUUUUUUUUAUGGGUCCUUGUAGCGCUUGGAGCUUUGGGAGAGACCAUUCCUCCAGUCAUAAAAUGACAUUCAGCAGACAGGAUCUGCGCGGCUCUGCAGUCCUCAGUAGGAAGUAGGAGAGCGGGAGUCGGGGCUUUUAUCCAGCGCGAGAGGCUUUGUUUACGCUGCAGUGUGCUGAGGUAAGCCGGCCGGGAUCAGCCCAAUGCCUCAUGUGUCCUGAGGUGAGAGGAGAAGAAGAUCUUAAGAGGAUGCAAGGACGAGCAGAGAUCAGCACUGGUGGCAGGGAGGCCAGCUGAGGUACCGGGAGGAGCAGCCCGGAGGUUGAGUGGGGAACGACGACAGGGAACGAGGGUGAUCAUGCCUGUCAAACAGUGAGCUAUAGCAUAUGCUGUAGUGCAGAACAGAGUGGUGCGGCAGGGGAGGACAAGCAUCGCUGCACAAGGGGAGGAGGGGGGGGGGCAGGCAAAGAGAGAGCCCGGGAGGAAGAGAGGAGGUUCAGCAAUUAGAUCAGCACCUCUCCACCACUGGCACGGGAUAUCAUAGCACGACUGGCCUAGAGGAAGCGUAAAAACAUCACUCAAGGCCAGGUGUAGAGGUCAAAGGAUAGCCGGUGGGGUGGGCUGAGGUGAGGCGGGGGUCAUCGUGGCUGCGCCCCCGUCCAAGUGGAAGAAAGGUCACCUCCGAGUACGCCGUUUGGUCUGAUCACCCUGACGCCUCACCAUGGGAGAAUGGACCAUUUUGGAGAGGCUGCUGGAAGCGGCUGUCCAGCAGCACUCUACCAUGAUUGGCAGGUGGCCGGAUAAAGGAGACCAAAGGGAUGUCCGUGUUGCUCUGUUUCUACUGGAUUUGAUCCUGCUAACCGUGGUGGUGAUUUUCCGCAUCUUGAUCGUGGGCAUAGUGGGCGAGAAGGUGUACGAGGACGAGCAGAUCAUGUUCAUCUGCAACACCAUGCAGCCCGGCUGCAACCAGGCUUGUUACGACAAAGCCUUCCCCAUCUCGCACAUCCGCUACUGGGUCUUCCAGAUCAUCUUGGUGUGCACGCCCAGCCUGUGCUUCAUCACCUACUCGGUCCACCAGUCGGCCAAAGCUCGGGACCGCAGCUACUCGUUGCUGCACCCUCACAUGGACCACCACGGCCACGGUCACCACGGCCGCCAUCAUGACCAUCACGCUCGUAAGCUUCACUCCCGCAACAUCAACGGCAUCCUGGUGCACCCCGACAGCAGUAAGGAGGACCACGACUGCCUGGAGGUCAAGGAGAUCCCCAACGGACCUCGAGGGGUCCCACCCACGCACAAGAGCGCCAAAGUGCGGCGACAGGAAGGAAUCUCCCGUUUCUACGUCAUCCAGGUGGUUUUCCGCAACGCCCUGGAGAUCGGCUUCUUGGCCGGCCAGUACUUCCUGUACGGCUUCAACGUGCCGGGAAUGUUUGAGUGCGACCGCUACCCGUGCGUCAAGGAGGUGGAGUGUUACGUGUCUCGCCCCACGGAAAAGACCGUCUUCCUGGUCUUCAUGUUCGCCGUCAGCGGCAUUUGCGUGGUGCUCAAUCUGGCCGAGCUCAACCACCUCGGUUGGCGCAAGAUAAAAACGGCCAUCCGCGGCGUGCAGGCCCGAAGGAAGUCCAUCUGCGAAGUGCGUAAGAAGGACGUUUCCCACCUGUCUCAGACCCCCAACCUGGGCAGGACCCAGUCCAGCGAGUCAGCCUACGUCUGACAGAGGCUUCUCCGCCUCAUGUGACAUUUUGGAGAAGAGGUUUUCCCCCCCGAGGACCACCAGGGCACAAAAGGUCACCGCUGGAUUAUGACUUUGAAGGAGCACAGAGAAGAAGAAUCCGCUUUCCACCACUAACUUUUGGUGCUGUUUAACCUAGGUGACACUAGGUGCCUUUAAAGAACCCAACAGACACAAAUGAGCAAUUUCAUAAUAUUAAGCUCGGUUGAAAUCGCAUCGAGGAGUGAGUGGCCCUCGUUACUUGCCUUUGUUGUAGCUCACAAAUAACGGUAAUUUCCCGAGAUAUGCAAAAGAUGCAUACGCAUGAGUGUAGAGGAAAAAAAAGCCAAUUUGCCCGCUAGUCGACAAAAUUAAAAAUUACUUGCCGAAAGAGACUCAUACAUCUCAGCGCUGAACUGUUUUUAAAACACACGAAAUAGAAGAGCACCGGCUAUCCAUGUGCAAACCUUUUUUCCCCUCACCGCUUCAUGUCGCAAGCACACUGACAUCGCCUUGCUGCUUUUGCCAAACCCUUGGCAACAUUUUGGUGCUGUGCUAGCGCAACACGUCCAGUGGGUAAAACACAUGUGUGCACUGAUAAUGAGUUCCGCACUGUGUAACACACCUGAGUGCUCAUGAUGCCCGCAAAGAGGAUACGGGGAAUUUACAUUCAAGAGCAAAAAAAAAAAAAGUGUUUCCGCUGUGUACAACGACACACAACCCUUUUAAUUGAACAAUAAAAUAUCCUUCUAUGGUUGUCACACAUUCAAAGAGUUUCCACAAGCAGAUUUGGUGCUGUAUUUUGAAAGUACUGUACAUAUUUGACAUCUAGGAAUGAACCAUUAUCGAUUUGGAAACAUAAUUUAGGGUGAUGAUGAAUGAAGAUGAAUUCCUAGAUGAGUAAGCUUCAAGAAUAUGUAUUAUCAUCGUGCUCUCUGUGCAGCCUUCCGAUAGAAACGACAGAAAAAGUGUUCCCUCAUCCCAUGGACUGAAAAAGGCAUGUUAAAGAAACAUAACUAGAAUGGAUAGGUUAUGACAUUUAACUUAAAAAGACUUUUGUUUAUUUGCAUCCUGCUCCUGUGAAUUGUACUCAGCAUGCGUUAUGAUAUAAAGAGUUACAUUAGCCUCCCAUCUUGGGAACACUGAAAGUGAAGAUUUAUUUGAAAGGCUCCCAAAACUGCAGCAAUAAUAUUAAGAUAGAAUAUGUGAAAAGAAAAGAAGUCAAUAAAUUAUUAUGCAAACA